AAGCCACCCUCAACGGCCGGCGCUCUUAAAGGUACAGCUGGGGGGGGCAGCGAGAAGAAGGGGGCACUUUCAGCCGGAGGACAACAACCACCCCCCAGCUCCUGUCAAUGGAUUUAAAGGGAGCUCGGCCCUCUUAAAGGGGAGUUCUCCUCAAGCCCUCAUUGUGGCUACGAGGGAGGGGCGGCUCUUAAAGGUGAAAUUUGGGCUCCUCUGGAGGACUUUGAACACUGGACUGUUAAAGGGGAGUGCGAGCUGACGAGGAAAAAUGUUUGGAGGGCGUUUAAUUCCGAUUGUUAAACGAGAGGAUGCCUGACAAGGGGGAACUUUGAAAGGGGCGGCCAUGCUGUGGCAGGAAAUGUGCGGAGGGCUCGAAACCAUAGAUCCUUGAAGGGGAUCGAAUGCGAGGAGAAAUUUUGCUUUUUGCAGCGAAUCUGGAUCCUUAAAGGCAAGGUCACACCCUGGAGGAAGAAGAAUUCAAGCUUCCCCCCCCACACACACACCCCUUAAAAAAGGCAAAGGGGGGAAAAAGCACUUGAGCUUGGCAAAGAGGAAGCGACCACAGAAGUUGAGUCUCUCCGGUGGAGAUGCCACCCCAGAAGUGCUCCUGGGAGCCCCUGCCACCGCCGCCGUCAUCAUCAUCAUCGCAGGGGAGGAAGUGAGCGUCCUCUGAGCGGAAGCCAUUUGCCAUUGUUGGCAGGAGUCACAUCUGCAGUCUUAAAGGGGAGGCUGCCCAAGCCCUGAGAGCCGUCUGGGUACCUUUCAAGACGCCUCCUUGAAGAGAAAACCCCGAAGACGGCUGCUUGUUUUGUCUUUUCUAAAAAUAUAUAUGUCUAGGCACUUAAAUCAGAAGCUUCCUUCAAGUUACACGUACUGGAAUUCGUUCAAAGGGGUUUUCAGAAGCAGCCUUUCAAAGGCACCCAUCCCAUGACACUGUUGGAGGGAUGUAAAAUCCUUUCUGAGAGGCAACGGUGGUGGUGCUGGUGUCUGGGGAGUUUUUUUCUUCUGGACCCAAAGCACAUGUUCAAGGAGUGUGUGCGUUGGUAGGAGCCAGUUUCGUGUUAAAGUGUUCUCCGAUCGAUUUCCACUUUUGAGCUUUAUGUUGAAAGUAUUUAUUUAUUUUUUUGUAUAAUUUAACGGCACUUUCCUUUAAGAGGAAGGCAUACAUGAAAAGGUAGCUGCCACCCAUGCUUCCCUUGAGAGGGAAUUAAACUUGAAUGAAGAGGUUCCCUCCUGCUUUUGAGUAGGCUCUCUAAAUCAAGGAAAGGUUGGUAACGACCAGGACGUUCUGUCACGAAAUACGGAAACCUUUUCUUUUUUUGAAAGAAAGAAGAGGAAGGCCUUGUUCUUGCAUUUGCUGCUUCUCUGAGAGCUGUCAAUCGAAGGGGAGGGGCCAGUUGAGAGCAGUUGCGAUGCACCUGGCUGGAGAGGGGUGAAGGGUGUCCCCCCCCCUCCUCACGUGUCUACGACAGCCACCAGACACAACACGACACAUUCUCUGUACCUCAAGGGGGGUAUCAUGGAAGGAACAGCGGCAGCGUCCGCCCUGUGCUGGAGUGGUGGAGGAGGCAGCGGUAGCCGAGCACGGAGGAAGCGACGUUGCUCACGGCGGGACCGUGAGAGUCGUUGCACUCGCCGUCGUGGAGGCCGGCCCGGGGAUGCUCCCCACUGCGGCCUCUCGUCGUCCUCGUCUUCAGGAUCGGACAGUGAAGGCCCCUCCCCGCCGGCCCCAGUGGCACCUGGCAAAGGCCGGCCCCUACAGCAGCAGCAGCGCCGCCGCCGCCGGCCCCUCCGGCGGCGGAAGAGAGCCUCUGGGUCGUCCUGCAGUCGUGAUGAGGAGGAAGAAGAGGAGGAGGAGGAGGAGGAUCUCAUUGAUGGCUUUGCCAUUGCCAGCUUUGUCAGCCUUGAGGCCCUGGAGAAGGAUGCGUCCUUGAAGACCCCGGAGCGACUGGAGCUUCGGAUGAAGCACUCUGGAAAGAGGAAACGGGGCGAGGGGAACAACUCUGAGCCCGAGGAUGAGGAUGGGAGCUCAGAGAAGGGUCGCAGCCGGGGCUGUGGUGGGGAGGGAGCACUGAGGAAACGUAGCAAGAGACGGCACAAAGAGCCUUCUCUCCAAUCCUACCUGGAAACUGGAUAUAUAUGUGAUACAGAAAGCGACCCAGAGGAGCAGGCCUCCAUUGAUGACCUCGAACAGUCAUUCACUGUCUCAACCAGCAAAGCCUCGGGACCCAUUGGUGCAUUAAACGGGAGCUGUGAAGCCAAACUCUCUGUGAUCCCUAAAGUCUCUGGCCUGGAACGGAGCCAGGAGCGCAACUACGAGGCCGACCGAGACCCCCUGCUAGUGCCUUUCCUGCCCAAGGAGCCCCCUUCUCAGGCAUCUGCGGCCCCCGUUCCAGCUCAGGCCUUGCCCCCCAGCCCGCCCGCCCCGCCGCCCGCCAGGACCCGGGCUCAGACGCCGAACGCUCUUCGCGGGACGCCCCAGCCCAAAGGCCAGCUGCCUCCGACACCUCAGGGGGGCGCAGUCCCCCACAACCUCACCCAGAGCCAGCUGCACAUGAAGGUGCCGCCCUUUGCCAGCCAGACGCAGGCCCCGUACGCUGUAGGGCUGGACCUCAGCACUGGAGGGUGCAGCCGCGGUGCAGCUCACCCUAAGCCCAUCCUCCCGCCCUGUUCCCCUUCUUCCUCUCAGCUCCCUCACCGGCCCUCCACCCCCUCGCUGGCCCUGCCUCCCCACGCCUUUCCGUCCACCCUUCGGCCCCCUUCCCACCACCACCCCCCAGGCAUGUUCACCCCCUCGCCUGGCCUCCCCCCGCCACCCCCGCUGCUUCAAGUUGCCGGGCACCCAGCUGCAGCCGCUGCCAUAUCUGAACAAGAACUGAUCCGCCAAGACCUGAGCUCCCGAUUCCUCACGGCGCAAGGCGGCGCCGACAUGGGGGCCGCCGCCAUCCGCCCCCUGGCCUUCCAGUUCCACCAACACAACCACCAGCACCAGCACACCCACCAGCACACCCACCAGCACUUCACCCCUUUCCCGCCAGGCAUGGUGCCCGCGCCCAGCCCAGCCGUGUUUGAAAAAUACCCUGGCAAGAUGGACGGGCUCCUGAGGCAUAAUUUUUAUGCCGCAUACCCCCCAGCCGUGUCGGGGAUCUCCCCAGUCCUGCCUCCCGCUGUGUCCUUUGGCUCCCUGCAGGGGGCGUUCCAACCUAAGAGCACUAACCCUGACUUGCCAUCCCGGCUGGCCGUCCCGCCCAGCCUGGCCCAGAAAGGCACCCAGCUCGCCGAUCCCUUCCGGCCAACGCUGAGAAAGCCCGGGAAGUGGUGCGCCAUGCACGUCCGUGUGGCAUAUAUGAUCCUGCGGCACCAGGAGAAGAUGAAGGUAGGGUGGGCCUGCGCCGCCUCCCCCCUCGGCCUGCGUCCAGUGACGGGGUGUGGCGCAGCUCCUGCUGGUGGCCGCCAGAGGGUCGCUGCAAGGGACAGGAGAGGCCUCUCCCCUACUGCUCUUCCGUGGGACCCUGGAUCCAGAUCGGGGUCUCUGAUGCAGGGGGACCCCCACAAAUUGGAUUUCCGGAAUGACCUCCUCACCGGCUUGCCUGGGACGGGAGCCUUUGGCAGUCUGCCGCACGGCCAGGAGCUGGCGCGCCCGGCCACCCUCUUCACGGCCUCUGGUGUUGUCCACCCAGGCAGUGGCCCCUCCUUUGGGCCUGCCAGCACCCCUCACGGCUCCUUCCUGAGCCCCAGCCCCCACAUUGGUAAGAGCUGGCGCACCAGAGCGACGGGGCAAAUGGGACAGGAGCCUGAAGCGUCCGUACGAUUGCUCACCCCUCUACUCGCCUCUUUUCCAGAUCCCUUUGGCAGGCCCCCCAGCUUCGCCUCCCUGGGGGCACUCUCCAAUGGGGCUUUUGGGGGCCUGGGCAACCCAUCCUUCAACUCGAGUGCUGUCUUUGGGCAGAAGGACAGUCCUGGAGCUCCAGGCUUCCCUAGCCCUCAUGAGGCAUGGAAUCGCCUGCACCGCACCCCCCCUUCCUUCCCCACUGCCCCAGCCUGGCCCAAAGGCGGCACUGGAGAUGGGGCUGAGCGCGGAAGCACCCAGCACGACAAGGAGAGCGAGAAGCCCGAAGGGCCGGUGAUCAAGGACGAAAAGGACAGAGAUGCCCUCUUCUCGCGCCAUCCGCUGCGUGCCUCUCCAGCUACUCCCACCCCAAAGAACCCAGCCCUGGCCCACGACGAGCCCCCCGGUCGGCCCCACGUCUCAGUAGACCGCGAGCACCGCUAUGGAAGUCCGGCGAGUUCCGGCCACGCCUCCCGCUCGCCGUAUCCAGAGCUGCCCCUGAAGAAGGAAGUCAAGGUGAAGGAGGAGCCUGAGCUGACGGGGUUUGAGGGUGCCCUGCGCACGGGGGCUCCCUACCACAGCACCCUGCAUGUCUCCCAUCCCCUGGGGACGCUGGCCGUAUUCGAGAGGCCCCAGGCCGGAACUGGCGGAAGCGUCUCCCCGUACUUGGUGGCGGCCCCGCCCUCGGCGGCCUCCUAUGCUGCGCUCGAAGCUUGGCGCGAGCCCUAUCCCCGGGGGCUGGAGCUGCACCCGCUUCAGCGUCUGCCCCGCUACCUGGAGACCCCAUCGCCGGCCGCCGCCGAGGACUACGAACGGGCCCGGUUGUACGGCCUGCCGCCUCCGCCUCACCCCGGCCUCAUGGCCUACCCCCGCCACCAAAAUGGGCUGCUGGCAAAAGCCACUCCCUCGGCCGCUGCAGCCGCCGCCGCUGCCGUGGGACUACUGAGUGCCCCCCCACCGCUCAUCCCAGCUUCCAACGCUCAGCCCUGCUCCCCUCGACGGGCCCCGGACAUCCGAGAACUGGCAGCUGCCUACAAGGACCGGGACUCCAGAUAAUGGCGCCGCUGUGAGGGGCCCUGGAACUUGAGCACCUAGACCGAGGGGCUUCCCACCUCUACUGGACUGAUGGAUGGCGUCCUUGGGAACCCUGAGCAGUUAUCGAGGCCCCCUUUCGUGUUAGAGGGGGUGGUGGAAGAGUGGCCCUCCUGCCACCUUUGCCUACGUUAGAGGCCUGCCACUGUCCAUCCCCCCCCCCCCGAAGGACUUGAGUCCCCUUCCGUCCUGGCUCAGGUUGGGGCUUAAGCUGAUGGGGCCUCUUUUGGGAGGAGGGGCAGGAAUCCAGGUGUUGGGGUGCCCUCGGUCCAUAUCCCCGAUAUCUACCACGAUCCCUCUUCCUGCCUCUGGGGAUUGCCAGAGGGUUUGGUGUCUGCUUCCAGUAUUCCCGCUGGGCUGAGAUUGGACUCUGGGGGAGGGGGGGAGGGGGUGUUCUCCUCCUCCUCCUCCAGCCAUGGGCUGAUAGGAAAGCUGUUUUCAGGGGAAAGGGGAGGGCUGUAUGUUGGGGUGCCUCCCCCACCAGGCAGUGUAAAUAUUUAUAUAUUCUGCCCCAGGCAGGUGGGGAAAAGGUUUUUGUACAUUUAUAAAAGGUUUGAGAUUGUGAUUUUAAAAGUGACUUCUCUCUCUUCUCCUGCCCUCCGCCUCUCCCCCCGCCACAACUCCCCUUGUUUUUACUGUACUGCUCUUUUCUAUACCUGUAUCUGCUCCCUGCCCGCCUCCCAUCCCUUUUCCUCCUUCUGUAAUUGAUCGGAAAGGUGCAACAAGGGAGGGUGGGGUGCAAUGCACUUGUCCAAUGCCCUUUUCUUCCCCAGGUUGGUUAAUUAAACCCCAAACUGGUGCUUCUGGA